UUGACGACAACUUGUCAGUGAUGGAAAUAAAGAAGGGAUGCGAAGAAAAGCAAGGGGGCAGGCGGAAAAGAAUGGGAUGGGAUGGGAUGAGCGGAUCGCGACAGUAGAAUGUGGCAGGCAGGACAAAAUCGUGUCCAUCCAAAGACGCUUUUGGGUUUCCUUGACAAGGGAAUGAACGCCUUCUAAUUAGCCCUGCGCGGCUCUCAUCAUUGCUGCUGCAUCGGCGGGCUUCAAGGCAUAAACAGGUCGCGCAGACUUGACUUGGACUGCACCUAAUCUCUUUGUGAAGUGGAUGGAGACCAUGGAGCUUUUCUUCAGCCUACUGCUCCUCAGCUCACUUCCACUUCAGGCUUUGGGUGGAGACGUGUGUGUGUCUGGUCACGAUAGCGGGCCGGUCUUUGAAGAACAGCCAAGCAGUCUAAUCUACCCCGAAGGCCUGAGUGAAGGCAAGGUAGUUCUCAGCUGUCAGGCCAGGGCAAGUCCAGCUGCUUCCUACAGGUGGUUGGUGAACGGUAGCGAGGUUCCGCUGGGUUUAGACCUCCGUUAUAGCAUGGUCGCCGGUAACUUGGCCAUCGGCAGACCCGAGUCGGCACGAGACACGGGUUCUUAUCAGUGUCUGGCCAUCAACCGCUGUGGCACUAUCAUCAGCAGAGCAGCGAACCUCAAAUUUGGCUACCUCCACGACUUUCCUCCUGACAGCAGGAGUCCUCAGACGGCUUAUGAAGGCAUGGGGUCAUUCCUGGCUUGUCAGCCGCCUCCACAUUACCCAGCUCUGUCCUACCGGUGGCUCCUCAACGAGUUUCCAAACUUCAUCAAGAAAGAUGCCGGCCGCUGGUUUGUAUCCCAGGUUACGGGUAACCUCUACCUUGCCAAAGCGGAGAUCAAUGACACGGGCAACUUCUGCUUCACGACCAUCAACAUGGACAUCAGUACCAAAAGUACCUUCAGCAAAGCCAACCAACUCACCGUACUACCUGAAGCCAAUCCAAAGAAGUGGGCUCCAAUCAUCAAAGUGCGCUUCCCGGCCGAGACCUACGCCCUUGCCGGACACGCCGCUCACUUGGAGUGCUUCGCCUAUGGAAAUCCAGUCCCAAAUUUGAGAUGGAAAAAGGUGGAUGGACUCAUGCCGUCCAAGGCGGGUUCUAGCGUGGAGGGUCCCACCCUGAUCCUACCAGAUCUGUCCUUUGACGACGAGGGCGUCUACGAGUGCGAAGCCCGCAAUUCCGAGGGAGUCGAUGUGUAUCAGGGCCGCAUCAGCGUGCAAGCUCAGCCAGACUGGUUGCAGGUGAUGAGUGACUCUGAAGUGGAAAUAAGUUCUGAGCUUCACUGGAGUUGCGUGGCUGCCGGGAAACCGCGACCUUCCAUUCGCUGGCUCCGCAACGGACAGCCGCUCACUACGCAGGACAGAGUAGAAGUCAAUGGCGCUCGUCUGAAGAUCAGCAACCUGGCUCUGGAGGAUUCUGGGAUGUACCAGUGCGUUGCUGAGAACAAGCAUGGAACAAUCUACUCUACCGCUGAGCUAAGAGUCCAAGUUCAGGCUCCAGACUUCCGAUCGAACCCAGUGCGAAAACUGAUCCCUGCAGCCAGAGGGGGACGAGUGAGCAUUGAAUGUCGCCCGCGAGCUGCCCCCAAGCCCAGCCUCUUCUGGAGUCGAGGGACCGAGUUGCUCACCAACAGUAGCAGGGUGACGGUGACUCCCGACGGAGUCUUGUGGAUCACCAACAUAAGCAGAGCAGAUGAAGGCAAAUACACUUGCUUUGCUGAAAAUUAUCUGGGCAAAGCUAACAGCACGGGACACUUGUCUGUCAGAGAUGCUACCAAGAUCACAUUGGCUCCGUCCAACGCCGACAUCAAUCAAGGUGAGAACGUGACCCUGCAGUGUCACGCCUCUCAUGAUCCCACCAUGGACCUGACCUUCACUUGGGCCCUCAAUGGGGCUCUGCUGGACCUGGAGGACUCCACGGGGCCGUACCGUCGAGUAGAGGGGAAGGAAACCAUCGGAGACCUGUUCCUCGUUAACGCUCGGCUGAGUCAGGCGGGCACUUACACGUGUAGCGCUCAAACUGUGGUGGACAGCGCCUCCGCUACAGCCAAACUGGUGGUACGAGGGCCCCCGGGACCACCCGGCGGUUUACUGGUGAGAAAUGUGGCCGAGACGUCGGCGGAGUUGAGGUGGAGUCGCGGCUACGACAACCACAGUCUCGGCAAUUACGUCAUCGUGGGCCGAUCUUCUCUGACGCGUGCUUGCCCGGUGUGGAAAACAAACGACCCAGUCAACAUCGAGGGCAACGCCGAGUCGGCCUACGUGAUUGGGCUGGUGCCCUGGAUGGAUUAUGAAUUUCAGGUCAUCGCUAGCAACAUCCUGGGCAGCGGCGAGCCCAGCGCGCCCUCGCAUACAUCCGCACGCAGCAGUUAGGUGAGCUGACAUCAAUCAAUGACCCGAGCCAAAUGGUGGCAAAAUGCUAUGUGCUUUGCAGCUCCUCGGUUGGCACCCAGUGGACUCGGGGGUGGAGGAGGAGAUCGCCAUGAACUUAUCAUCACAUGGACACCCAUGGCCAGAGAAUACCAGAACGGUGACAGCUUUGGCUACCUCCUGGCGUUCAGGAAGAAAGACACGUCAUCACAGUGGACAGCGCGCGUACCUUUUGUGGAGUCGUCGCGCUAUGUGUUCUACAACGCCACUCUGACGCCAUACAGCCCCUUUGAGGUGAAAAUCAAAGCCUUUAACCGCAGGGGCGAAGGUCCCUUCAGCCAAAUUGCUGUCGUCCACUCUGCUGAGGAAGAGCCAACAGUUGGACCGCUAAGCAUAAAUGUCAGUGCGCUGACAGCUUUUGAGAUCCAAGUGUCAUGGGAGCCCGUCCUGCAAGCCAACACCAACGGGAUCCUGAGAGGAUAUGAGAUCCGCUACUGGCGCCAGCACGAACGGGAAGCGGCAGCGGAUCGAGUGCGCACGGCAGGACUCGAAAGCACAGCCAGGGUGUCCGGACUACGUCCCAGCACUCGCUAUCACGUUGCGGUUCUGGCGUAUAACAGCGCGGGCACCGGGCCACCCUCGCCGCGAUCCACCGUCACCACCAGGAAACCACCUCCUAACCGGGCCCCAGCAAAUGUAUCGUGGCGGACGGACGCUUCGUGGGUAAUUGUGCGAUGGGACCGCGUGAAGGCCAUGCACAAUGAGUCGGCGGUACUCGGCUACAAAGUUCUGUACAAGCAUGAGGGGCAAAGCGUUUUGAAGGUCCUGGACGUGGCCAAGACGUCAGUCAACCUGCCCCUGCCCAAAGACAAGAACGGAUACGUCGUACUGGAACUUCGAUCCUGGGGUGAAGGUGGGGACGGACCUGCGCACGAGAUUAUCGUCUCGCGGGACUCAGGAACCGGCAUGAUGGUGCAGAACAAGGCGAGUGUCUCCGGUCAUUCGCUCCACCUGCCGGUUGCCGUGUUUCUCCUCAGCGUUGUGUCAGGCCCAGCUCUUUCAUUGAUGAACUUCAAGUGAACACUUCCGAUGUCUCCGUUUCGUUCGGGUUGGAUUGGAACGGGUAAAAAAAAAAAAUAAUAAUCUGUGUUCAAGUAGUAGGAGGGUGAAUGUGUAGUCAUGCAUUGGUACCACGCACGUCUCAAAGCAGCGGGAGCGUUUUCACCUUCCGACACAUUGGGGUGUCAGCAUGUGUUAGAAAAGGUUUAGCGUUUGGGUCCCAGCACAGCAUUCAAAAGUCAUUAGUUGUGUCAUUGUAAAUGUAAACAUUGUUGAAAAUGAGUUGCAAUUCCACAGAAUUGUGGAUCACCACCACAGCUUGGCUUCACGGGAUCUUUUCUUAAGAGUCCAAUUGUUAAUGACUACAGAGCCACUUCUCUUUCAUGUCCGCCUUGUUUUUUUCCUUGAGGUAACGGAAGCAUGAGGGUCAUCUUGCCGUAUCAAUUGGGCAAGGCAAUUCCAAAAUGCUCUCAUGAAAUCAUUUUGUGAAGCCUCUUAAAGCUGCCUGCAUCAAAGUCACCGGCCGCCAUGUGUAAUUAUUCAUGUAUGUCACUGGUCGGAUGAAAAAAGUAUCUAGAAUGAUCGAUUGACUGGUUUGUUUGUUUUGGGGGUGGAUGGAGCUGUCCAAGACAAUCCGUUGUAUUUUUCCUCAAUGGUCCCUAUUGUUUGAUGAUCAUUUUAAAAACGCUAGUGUCAUGCCUUUUCUUUUACUGCAUCUGCUUUUAUGAUACCUACAGCGAUGACGCCGUUAACAAUGUCAUUUAUCCCCCCUCAUUGUAAUCCUGUCAGCUUCUAUCAGCUCUUAUGUAAAACUUUGUCACAUUUAUUACACUGGACGGGAAAAGUCAAGUGCAGUGACUAUUUGGAACGUUCUCUGAUAAUCCAACUAAAAUUCAUCUUUGAUACACGAUAGCGGACCACGGCAGAUUUGCCCAUUUUUUAAAAAGAUCUUUUAAUCUUUCAAACAUGGCGGUGUGGUACGGCAAAUGUGUCGGUGCACACGUCGUUUCAAAAUGUGUUCUUGUAAUGAUAAGGAUGAUGUCAUCCAUCCAUUGAGGGUCGCAGGCAGCUGACAAAGUGAGCUGGACGUAUGGACAUUUGAAGGUCUUCAUUUGGCCCAACGCACGCACGCACCACACACACACACACACAACACACGCCAGAACUGCUGACUGGCUCAAACAUGAAUGUUGCAAAUGCGUGCGUGCUUAAAGACAUCAUUUCCCAAUGCCUUCCUUUAGUAUGGUAGUAUUUCCAUUUACUGGUAGCUAGGUUUGACAAGCAAGCAAGCAACCAAGCCGUAGAAAAAGAGGAAAUUGCAAUAAUGUUGCCUUUCAGCUUUUUUCAAAGAGAUGAUGAAAAAUGUCAAGGCGGCUUGAAAUUGUUUCAAUAUGAUGAAAUAAACAUGCUGUGAUUGUAUGAC